AUCGCCUUUCUAUGGAUGGUGAUAUCCUCACAUGACAGCAGUCACUUGGUUUCUGCUAUAGCUUCCUACAACAGAGCCGAAACGUAGAGGAGUCGACCGCUGCUGCUGACAGAAACCCUGCUAUGCUUCACCGGAUCAGAGUCGUUCAGUCGUUCAGAUGGUUUUAACCCGUUGUUUCCAGCGUUCGCGGUGCCGGUGACAUUGCUCUCAUUAGAUCAGACAGGUCGUUUUAAAGCCGCCGACCGACGCGGAUAGGGUAACGAACCUUCACAGUCAUCGUUAGGACACACAGGCUCACUGCCCUCUGGGGGUUGAACACAAGAGAAAAACAGCGUUUUGGAUCUAAAUCGUUGUAUUUUCGUUAUCCUUGAUGUCGGCCUACAAGAGGGCGACGCUGGACGAAGAGGAGCUGGUGGACGCCAGCGGGGACGACGUGUACCCCUCAUCACCCAUGCAGGUGGGUCUGCGGACGCUGCCCGGGGGGGCAUGCUGGGCGGGGCGGCCUGCGAGGGAGCAGAAGCUGGUGCUGCUGGCAUGCGUCUUGUCGCUGGCGCUCUUCGUUUCCCUCAUCACCACCAGCGUCUACUACAAGCAGGCCCACCCAGGGCUCUGCCUCACGGAGCCGUGCGUCAGGGUGGCGGGGGCCGUGCUGGCCUCCUUGGACCGCUCCGUGGACCCCUGCCACGACUUCUACAGCUUCGCCUGCGGGGGCUGGAUCCGGAACAACCCCCUCCCCGAGGGCAAGUCGCGCCGGAGCCCCUUCAGCGAGCUCUGGGAGAACAACCUGCUGCUGAUGAAGCAGCUGCUAGAGAACACCACGGUGAAGGAGCUGAGCCAGGCCGAGGAGAAGGCCCAGCGCUACUACCACGCCUGCAUGAACGAGACCAAGAUCGAGAGCCUGGGGGCCCAGCCGCUGCAGGAACUCAUCAAACAGGCGGGGGGGUGGGCCCUGACCGGCCAAUGGGACAAGGACAACUUCCAGGAGGUCCUACGUUGGGUGUCGGCCAACUACCGCACCUCACCCUUCUUCACGGUCUUCGUCAGCACCGACGCCAAGAACUCCAACAGUAACGUGAUCCAGAUCGAUCAGUCCAGUCUGGGGCUCCCUUCCAGAGAUUACUACCUGAAGAAGUCUGAAAACCAAAAGUAUCUGACGGCGUACCUGGACUUCCUGGUGGAGCUGGGGGUGCUGCUGGGGGGCACGCAGGAGGGCUCCCUCCACAUGAUGCUGGAGGUCCUGGAGCUGGAGACCGCCCUGGCCAACAUCACGGUGCCGCAGGACGAGCGCCGCGACGAGGAGCUCAUCUACCACAAGAUGGAGGCCAGCGAUCUCAAGGCCCUGGCCCCGGCCAUCGACUGGAUGCCCUACCUGAAGGACGUCUUCGCCCCGGUGGAGCUCAAUGCCUCGGAGCCCGUGGUGGUCUACGCCAAAGAGUUCCUGCAGGAAGUGUCCAUCCUCAUCGAUAAGACCAACAAAAGCCUGCUGAAUAACUACAUGAUCAUGAAGGUUGUCAGGAAGAUGGUGUCCGUUCUGGACCGGCGCUUCCAGGACGCGGAACAGCGCUUCCUGGAGGUGAUGUACGGAACCAAAAAGAGUUGCACGGAGCGCUGGAAGGUCUGCAUGAGCGACACAGACUCGGCUCUGGGCUUCGCUCUCGGCGCCAUGUUUGUUAAAUCCGCCUUCGCUGAGGACAACAAAGCUAUUGCCGAGCACAUGGUGUUGGAGAUUAAAGCUGCGUUUGAGGAGGGCCUGCAGUAUGUGAGCUGGAUGGACGCGGAGACAAAGAAAGCUGCCAAAGAAAAGGCCGACGCCAUAUACAACAUGGUGGGCUACCCACAGUUCAUCAUGAACGCCACAAACCUCGACAAAGUGUUCAAUGAUUUCGAGGUGGUGUCCGACCUCUACUUCCAGAACGUGAUGCAGUACUACAACUUCUCCGCCCGUGUGACAGCGGACCAGCUAAGGAAAGAACCCAACAGGAACCAGUGGAGCAUGACCCCUCAGACGGUCAACGCCUACUACAACCCCACGAAGAACGAGAUGGUGCUGCCCGCCGGGAUCCUCCAGGCGCCGUUCUACAGCCGGGCCUGGCCCAAAGCUCUUAAUUUCGGGGGCAUCGGCGUGGUGAUGGGACACGAGCUCACCCACGCCUUCGACGACCAAGGCCGAGAAUAUGACAAGGAAGGGAAUCUCCGGCUGUGGUGGAAGAACUCCUCUGUGGAGGCCUUUAAGAAGCAGACCCAGUGCAUGGUGGAGCAGUACAGUAACUACAGCAUCAACCAGGAGCCUCUGAACGGGAAGCACACGCUGGGGGAGAACAUCGCCGACAACGGCGGGCUGAAGGCCGCCUACAAGGCCUAUCUGAACUGGAUCAGUAAGAACGGCGAGGAGGCCACUCUGCCCGCUCUGGGGAUGACCAACCACCAGCUGUUCUUUGUGGGAUUCGCCCAGGUGUGGUGUAUGGUGCGGACCCCAGAGAGCUCCCAUGAGGGUGUGAUCACAGACCCUCACAGCCCCUCCCGCUUCAGGGUGAUCGGGACCGUGUCCAACCUGCCCGAGUUCUCCAAGCACUUCGGCUGCAAGGCGGACGCUCCCAUGAACCCACGGCACAAGUGCGACCUCUGGUGAUGACGAGGUCACUGGAAGCUGAUUGGCGGACCGAGGGAUCGGGGAGGAAGGAAAGGUUCCACGGUUACCAGGACAAAGUCUACAGAAGGCACCGAACCACUGCCACUGCCUGACUACUUAAUACUCCUCAGGUUCCGUUCCAGCACAGGCUACACACACACACACACACACACACACACACACACACACACACACACACACACACACACACACACACACACACACACACACACACA